CUCCAAUCAUCCUCACUCUCUGAGCUAUCUUGGACAAAUAUAAGUAAUGCCAAUGAAGGUCCUUUUUCGUGUACAGACCGAGCAGUAUCAUGAUGCUCAUCUACAUUUCACACGCCGGCAUGUCACCUAUAUAAUCGGCAUCCAGGCUUGCUAGAUCCAUGAACAUACCUCAAUAUGAGUCUUUCCCGAGCCAUAGAAUGCAAGCGCAGGUGAUUCCCCAUGCCAUGCUAGUAGCCAACGGGCUAGAGUUACGACAUGAGCUGUGAAAAUACGGCCCAUACGCGGUCCGUCAUCGGUCCAUGCAUCAGUCAUCGUUCCGACUUUACCAUCCCGCAUCCGUGAUGGCCUCAGCAUAGCAAUUAUAGCUUAUAUAAAAGCUCAUAGACCUGCGAGCAAGGUUACACGUCGCUGCAUAUUCAUUCACCUUGCUUGGUAAUGGUGUGAUGAGAAAUCAAUCGCAUGUUGCGCCCUUUGCUUUACAUCCAUCCAUCCUGCCUUGUACGCACACCUAUGCUCAGCCAUCAAGCCUCUAUACAUACUCUAUAUAUCCAGCAUAUACGAGCAUAUAUAUGUGUUUGAUAGAAAUACAUUGAAGUAAAGACGUCAAUUGACAAUUUACUCUCUUUCGCUUACACGACAACAUCAUCUAGAGCGAUCAUAAUGGCAAACGAAAACAGCCCCGAACCAAGCUAUACGCUUUACGUGUACUAUACACGAUACUCGAGCUGGGGAGUCCGCGCACAGCUCAUCCUCGAAUACUUCAACAUCCCCUACAAGGUCCAAUACUUCAACUACACCAUUCCCGCCCUGACUCCUCCCCACGAGCUCACGACUCUCCCCGUUCUCGAUGUGUCCCCAGCUCCCGGCGCCAUCGCCUCCUCGUCAGAGGAAGAAAGUCCUCUCCGUAUCCCCGACUCCCUCGCCAUCGCAGAGUUCCUAGCAGACCAGCACCCCGAGAAAAACCUCUGGCCCGCAGACCCGCAGCUGCGCGCCCUCGCGCGCGUCGCCGCUGCCCAAAUGCAUUCCGGCUUCGCCGCGCUGCGAGACGCCUAUCCCUCGAACUUCGUCUCGCGCUUCACCGGGCCCGGGAUACCCUUCCCCGAAGCCGUGGCGAAAGAUGUGGCGAAGCUCCUCGCGCUGUGGCAUCGCGUGCGCGUGGCCUCCAGUAAACGACUUCGAGAGCUCGGCGAGACUGAUCAGGGGUUUCUUUGUGGCGGGUUUAGCAUUGCUGAUGCUUUCUUUUGGCCUGUGCUUUGGCGUCUGAGGAGCUACAAUGUGCCGCUCGCGGGCAGUACUGAUGAAGCUAGGAAGUGGAUGGCGACUAUGUGGAAUCAUCCUGUCAUGAAGGCACAAGGGAAGGAGUACUUCCGCCAGGCGAGGGAUUCGCAGUCGCACUUUGGAGUGUAUGAUGAUUUGUUCAAGGCGACAUCUGAUGUCACCUCGGGGACCUUUUCUGAGGACUGGGUUUUCGAUGGGGAUAUUGCUUAAUAUCUAAGCUAUCCCCAAGGAGGAAGAACAAAAGUAAAUGUAUCAGAAUGAGUAAGGAUUGGGAGAGUUUCGUAUCGUAUAUUUGAGCUUUUCCUGUGAUCUAAUAACUUUGAAACUGGGCAAAGAAUUGUGGCUUCUAUUAUUCUGGCCACGUUGUGACCCUCCGUUCUGACCCUCUCACUAAGUAUACUAUAAAUAUAUAUUGUGAAUAGACAAUGUUUUCUGAGCACGUUAACGAGGUAGAGCCGCAAUCAAUUCACUGUGCCCAUUCUAC